AACCAAUGUACAUGCCCUUGACCAGAAUCGAACCUGGGACCCCUCAGUCCGCAGACCUAUGCUCUACCACUGAGCCAAACGGGUUUUGGCAACAUCUGAAUUUUAAAUAAGCAUCCUUGGUAAUUGAUUAAGGUGGUCCAGGGAGACUUUAAUGAAAGAAUCAAUUAGGAAUGUGUGUGUGUGUGUGUAUUAGGGGUGGGGAAAACAAUACUAUCAUAUGUGGGCACCAGGUGGCAACAGCGAGAGGCAAGGAGAAGGGUGGGAGUGGGUAGACUCGGGCAUGGGUUGUGGGAGGAGCGGGGCCCUAUAGCUCAUCAUGGUCAUCUUGGCCAGCUGAAGUCUAUUACUGCAGACUACUCCCCUGUGACCGCCUAUCUCCUCACCAGGUCUUUACAGACAUUGUGCUUCUGCCAAACUCUGCCAGCAGAAACCGCACCAGUGUGACCUUGACUGGGCUGGGCGCGGUGGUAAUGUGUGUUCCACAAGGGUGAGUAUGAGGCCAGGGAUGUCACCUGCACAAGGCGGCUUAUGGAAAGGGCAGCAGUGCAGGGGGAAAGCAGGGUUUCCCCACCCCCCUGCGGCCAGGCUGGUGGUUCCAGGUGCUCUGAAAGGACCCCAUCACCUGAACUCGGCCUGCUCCGGUCAUGAGAGGAGGAGCUCUGCUGCGGGGGAGCUGACUGAAGUCCAAGCAAAGGAUGCUGGGAUGGGGUGGUGACAGGGAACACGGGAUGAAGCAGCUGUCCCUGGAAGCAGACAAGAUGUCCCUGGCUUCAGCAGGGGCAGGGCGGUAAGAGGAUUAGGUGACAGUUCCCUAACUCAGGCCGGAACUAACACCCUCCUCCCCCUCACUUCAUGAGCUUUGGCCUGCCCCGCGCCAAGCCUGCCCAGGUUCAGAAUAACCCGAGGACCAGACAGCAGGAUGGCGAGGGCUCUGCUCAGCACCCUGUUCCUCUUGCAGCUUCUUGGCCGAGGCGAGGGGACGAGUGAGGAGCUGCGCCUUUACCACCAUCUUUUCGACAACUAUGACCCCAAAUGCAGGCCAGUGAGGAGGCCUGAGGACACAGUCAGCAUCAACCUCAAGGUCACCCUGACCAACCUCAUCUCACUGGUAAGACACCCACCUCCGUUCCCAGCGCCGCCGCAUCUGAGCUUGACAUUGCACUGCUGUCCUAAAGCUCAUGGUGUGGCUCUGGAACGCCGCCUCCUCUCCCCCGCGCAGAACGAGAAAGAGGAGACCCUCACCACCAGCGUCUGGAUUGGAAUUGACUGGCACGAUUACCGGCUCAACUUCAGCAAGGCGGACUUCGGGGGCUUAGGGACCCUGAGGGUCCCAGCACAAAGCGUAUGGCUGCCAGAGAUUGUGCUGGAGAACAACAUCGACGGCAAUUUCGGGGUGGCCUACGACUGCAACGUGCUGGUGUACGAGGGCGGCUUCGUGAGCUGGCUGCCGCCCGCCAUCUACCGCAGCACCUGCGCCGUGGAGGUCUCCUACUUCCCCUUCGACUGGCAGAACUGCUCGCUCGUCUUCCGCUCCCAGACGUACAAUGCCCAAGAGGUGGAGUUCGCCUUUGUGGUAGGAGAUGACGGCGAACCCGUCAGCAAGAUCGAUAUUGACACGGAGGCCUAUACCGAGAACGGCGAGUGGGCCAUCGACUUCUGCUCCGGGGAGAUCCACCACCGGGACCGAGAGCCCGCGGACGGCCGCGGGGACGUGGACAUCGUCUACUCGCUCAUCAUCCGCCGGAAGCCGCUCUUCUACAUCAUCAACAUCAUCGUGCCCUGCGUGCUCAUCUCGGGCCUGGUGCUGCUCCCCUACUUCCUGCCGGCGCAGGCCGGCGGCCAGAAAUGCACCGUCUCCAUCAACGUCCUGCUCGCCCAGACCGUCUUCCUGUUCCUGAUCGCCCAGAAGAUCCCAGAGACGUCUCUGAGCGUCCCGCUGCUGGGCAGGUACCUCAUCUUCGUCAUGGUGGUGGCCACGCUCAUUGUCAUGAAUUGCGUCUUCGUGCUCAACGUGUCUUUGCGGACGCCCGCCACUCACGCCACGUCCCCGCGGAUGCGCCACGUCUUGCUGGAGCUGCUGCCGCGCCUCCUGGGCUCGGGCGCGCCUCCGGAGGCCCCCGGGGCAGCCUUGGUCCCGAGGCGGGCCUCGUCCGUGGGCCUAUUGCUCCGAGCCGAGGAGCUGAUCCUGAAAAAGCCGCGAAGCGAGCUCGUGUUUGAGGGGCAGCGGUACCGGCACGGCACCUGGACCGCCGCCCUCUACCAGAGCCUGGGCGCCGCCGCCCCCGAGAUCCGCUGCUGUGUGGAGGCCAUCAACUUUUUGGCGGAGAGCACGCGAGACCAGGAGGCCGCCGGCGAGGAGGUGUCCGACUGGUUGCGCAUGGGGAAGGCCCUGGACAACGUCUGCUUCUGGGCGGCGCUGGUGCUCUUCAGUGUGGGCUCCAGCCUCAUCUUCCUGGGGGGCUACCUAAACCGGGUGCCCGACCUGCCCUACCCUCCGUGCAUCAAGGCCUGAGCUGGUUCCUGUCCAUCUCCAGGAGGAAAUAGAUUUUGAAAAACAAGUUGCUACUACCACUGCUAUAUCAUGAUCCUUGACCACCACAGAUAAUAAACCAGUAUUUUGUAAACACA